UGUGCUUAGGCUCUCGUAGAGAUACGCUAGAAUCGCAGGCAUACUAGAUCGUGUCGGCGAUCCACGUACGUCGUGUCAUAAAUCAUUGAUUGGCUCGAGCGAAUUGUAUAAGCACGAUCAAACUGAAGCGAGGAUUCCAGUUUCCGUGGGCUUGUUCGUUGACAAUAAUUACUUCUGUGAUGAAGAACCGGCAUCAGAAUCACGUCGGAGAACCUUUUUGCUGUGAUGUCUAAAUUACUAUUGUGUGAUCAUAUUGCAUGAAUUAUGUACAUCAGUCGAUUACCAAGUGUUGCAACACGUGCAAAAAUUUGCGGGACAUUAUUGAAGUUUGCGGCACAGUAUGAUGUUGAAUAUUUCCUUUUUGUGAAUGAAAAACGAUUCGUAGAAAUCUAUCAUGGAUUUAACGACGUUUAUCGUGAUCGACGAUGUUGUUUACCCGCAACGGAGUUGAUUAAUUUUUACGUAGACGAUGUGGGACGCAUUGUUUGAGACAAUUAAAGUGUGAUUGGUGUGCAGAGAGAAGAAAAGUCCAAUGUGUCAAUGAUGGUUGGAACAACUGAUUUACAAUGGCAGGACUAUUUAGUUGUGGCAGCUACACUGAUCAUAAGCAUAGGGAUCGGUAUCUACUACCGGUUCAGUGGUGGUCAACAAAAGACUGUGGAGGAGUACUUCAUAGCUAGCAGAUCCAUGAGCAUUGUACCUGUUGCAGUAGCACUUGUGGUGUCCUUUAUGUCUGCCAUCACUUUAUUAGGUGUCUCUGCGGAGAACUAUACAUACGGGACACAGUUUGUAGUAAUUAAUAUAGCCUACCUCAUUGGAACACCUAUCGUAUGUUAUGGAUUUUUACCAGUAUUCUACAAGCUUCAGGCAACAAGUGUUUACGAAUAUUUAGAGAAACGCUUCGGAGUAAGAGCUAGGAUGAUGGCAAGUUUUGUAUACUGGAUCCAAUUGCUUUUAUAUUCAGGUGUUGUACUGUAUGCACCUGCUUUAGCAUUAGAAGCCACCACAGGAAUCUCUAAGACUGGCAGUAUCAUUAUCAUUGGACUAGUCUGUGCUUUCUAUUCGAGCAUAGGAGGCAUCAAAGCAGUCCUGAUAACGGACGUGUUCCAAGGUUUACUUAUGUUCGUUGCUGUUUUUAUUAUUAUCGGUACCGCAGCGAAUGAAGUCGGAGGACUAAAUGAAAUUUGGCGUAUAGCGGAAGCUGGUCAUAGAAUCGAAUUUGAUAGUAUUUCUGCAGACCCAACAGUUAGACACACAUGGUGGUCUCUGAUCAUCGGUGGUCUGGGAACAUUUCUAUCAUUGUACGGGGUGAAUCAAGUACAAGUGCAACGUUUGUUGACAGUGAAGGAUAUGAAAGCAGCCCAGAAGGCACUUUGGAUAGCAUGGCCAAUUUUGACUGUACUUUCAAUGACUACGUGUUUCUCAGGACUGGCAAUAUAUAGUAAAUAUCACGACUGUGAUCCGCUUAAACAGAAGAAAAUAACGUCAACCGAUAUGUUGAUGCCGUAUUACGUUAUGGAAACAAUGUCCGAUAAGCCUGGCCUGCCAGGUCUCUUCAUAGCAGGUAUUUUUAGUGCUGGCCUCAGCACAAUUUCGGCGGCAUUGAAUUCCUUAGCUGCAGUAACGUUAGAAGAUUAUUUAAAACCUGCGUACAAAAAAUACCGUGGCAGCGAUUUUUCUCUUACAGCCACGACGACCAUAGCUAAAUUGCUUGCUUUCCUGUUUGGAAUUAUUUCCAUUGCUUUGGCGUUUUUAGCUCAAUUAUUGGGCGGCGUAUUACAGGUCAGCCUCACUAUAUUUGGUGUAGUGGGAGGUCCACUUUUGGGAAUCUUUACACUGGGAAUGCUAACUGAAUCAGCAACAGAGACUGGAUCUGUGAUUGCUACUGUCAGUUCGCUAGUCUUCCUAUUCUGGAUUGCUUUUGGUCAACCCAGGCCAAAUGCACCAACCUUGCCAGUAUCUAUCGCAAACUGUGAUGCCAACUCAUCUAUAUACACCAUGAGUCAACCUGCCCCAUUGACUGGGCCAACAGGAGACUCGUCCUACUUUUACCUGUACAGGAUCUCAUACAUGUGGUACGCUCCUCUUGGAUUCGUGAUCACAUUUGUCCUAGGCCUGGCGCUUAGCUAUCUAUUUAAGGUGCUGUUGAAAGAACAGAAAGCCGAACAGAAGGAUCCGUAUCUGUACUUUCCUGUGAUAGGGAACCGCAUUCGUCGCAGACUAGCGAUUUUAAACGGCAAUGAAUGCAGUCUAGAGACCGACACAGCGAAGUACAUGUUCUCUGUUAAUAACGAGGACGAAGUAACCAGCACCACCAAAAUAUAUUUAAACAUUCCACAAAUGGCUGACGAAAUGCCGGCGCGUUUGUUCGGCCUGUUCCUCUUCCUGGCCGUGUCCUCGGCGUCUUCGGAACAACGGCCGUCCGACUAUGUGGACGAGAAAUGCAUGCAGAAGCAUCCUGUUUUGUUGCACUUCUUCUCCUGGGUGGACUACCUGGUGUUGGCCGCCAUGUUGGCCAUCUCCUGCCUGAUCGGCACCUUCUACGGUUUCUUCUCCAAGAAGCAAGAAACCAGCGAGGACUUCCUGUUGGGCGGGUCCAGCAUGGGCACCUUCCCCAUGGCGAUGUCCCUGGCGGCCAGCUUCAUCACGGCCAUUGAACUGUUGGGGAACCCUGCGGAGAUGUACGCACAGGGGACGCAGUUCUGGAUGACCUGCGUGGCCUUCAUCCUGGUGGUCCCGAUCACCUCGCACCUGUACCUGCCGGUGUUCAUGAAGCUGCGGCUGACCUCCAGCUACGAGUAUCUGAACCUCCGGUUCGACCGGCACUGCAGACUACUCGCCAGCGGGUUGUACAUGCUGCAGAUGAUCCUCUAUACGUCCGUCGCGGUGUACGCGCCCGCGUUAGCUUUAAGUCAUGUCACUGGUCUGAAUACUUACAUAGCCGUCACUCUAGUCUACGUAGUCUGUAUCUUCUACGCCUCGCAGGGUGGUAUGAAAGCUGUCAUAAUGACGGACACGUUCCAAGCAGCGGUGCUACUGGGCUCCCUGUUUCUGAUCGUCAGCUACGGCCUGGUCUGGCAGGGUGGUCUGGCCUCGGUCUGGGGCGUGAACCAGGCCUCGGGCCGCAUGGAGUUCUUCAAUAUGGACCCCAAGCCCACCGUGAGGCACAGCUUCUGGAGCGUGGUGAUCGGCGGGACCGUCUACUGGACCACCAUGUUCUGCAGCAACCAGGCUUCCGUCCAAAAGUACCUAAGCGUGGAGACCAUCGGCCAAGUGAGAACGGCGCUGUGGGUGUCGGCCUUCGGCAUGAUCAUCAUCUACAGCGUGAACUUCUUGACCGGUAUGGUGCUCUACAGCACUUACAGAGACUGUGAUCCUCUAUCCGCAGGCCACAUCAGUGGCCAGGAUCAGCUGCUGCCUCUCUACGUGAUGAACUUCAUGGGCAGCCUGAAAGGCGUGCCUGGCUUCUUCGUUGCCGGCAUCUUUGCCGCUUCUUUGGGGACCGUGGCCAGCGCGCUGAACUCGCUUGCAGCGAUCACUUGCGAGGACAUCCUGCAGGGAGUGUUCAAGAUCAACUUGCCAGCCAGCAAAGGCGCCAUCUAUGCCAGGUGGAUCAGCGUCUUCUUCGGCGCCUUCAGCUUCGCCUUGGUUUUCGUCGUCGAACGGCUUGGCAGUGUUCUCGAGGUUGCCUUAUCGUUCAACGGCAUGGUCGGAGGCAUCACCCUGGGAUUGUUCUCGUUGGGCAUGUUCGUCCCCUGGGCGAACGGCAAGGGGGCAAUCUCGGGCGCCAUCACCAGCCUGGUCGUGAUCCUGUGGAUCGGCCUGGGGGCGCAAAUUGCAGUCCUGAACGGGCUGAUCCAUCUGGACAGCAAGCCCGUGUCGAUAGACGCUUGCCCCUGCAUCAACAGCACGGACAUCGAUGGCAACCAUUCGGCCGACUACGUCGACGACGUCUCCGCGAUUUACAAGAUCAGCUACCUGUGGUACAGCGGGAUCGGCUGUCUGCUGACGAUGCUGGUGGGUGUCGCUGUCAGCUACGUGACAGGGUUCCAAGACCCAGCCGACCUCGACCAGGACCUCCUCUGCCCUCUGAUCGCCUCCAUGUUCUGCGUGAAGAGCAAGCCGAACGCCAACAACGUCCAGGGCAUCAUGAACUUCGGCCUGGAACUGGACGACGAGAAGGCGCAGCCGGACACCGGGAAAAGUCCCAAGUGAAGCGGCCCGGCCGACCGAAAUCAGUAUUCGAAACGAACGCGUUACAGUCAUUUUCUAUUUCGAGCCUUUUAGGGCGCGUAGAUUACCGUGCUGUGUCCGCGAGGAUCCUCAGACUGCAUACGUUCGCCUCGGCACGGUACAGUAACUUCUCCCCGAUUCGCGGUCAGGUUAAGUACGAAAAUGGACAAUCCGGGAAGAGGAGAUGCGAUUGUGAGAGCCUCGUGUCUUUGUUUUAUACUCGUCGACAAACUUGUUAAAAAAAGGGGCGCCUACUACUUUUGUCGAAGUUUCAAAUUCUC